AUGCUUGGCGGAACGCCGUAUGCCGGAGCCAUCCCUAUGGACUUGCAAGCUUCCUUCAGCCUCGACGACCGAGGAGAUCAAGAACGUCUGCUACAGGAUGAUCUUGAUGAAGACUAUCCACGCCAACUCCCCCCUCCGAAGAAUUCAAAGCAAGCUUUGCUAUUGAUGGGCAUUGCUGGAGGUGUUGUUUUCCUUGGUGCGCUCUUUAUGCUCAUGUCUUUGCUCUUUGGCAGCCGGUCUGCUACACAAACAGGCGACUCAUUGGCCCAUCCAACCUUUGGCGAUAUUGGCUGCGUCUUUCCCAAUGAAGUCAUCAGUCCCACUCUGGUGGAGAACUUGACUCUGCACGACAACUCUCUCGAGAUACGCGCAUCGGGUCGAGGUAUCGGCGAUAUCGCCUUCUUCACCGAAAAGGAAGUCGACUUGCCGUACGUGAAUAUGGACGUCUUUUUGCAAGGUCAGUACAAGAGCGACUUGCAACAAGUCUACACUCGCGCCAAGGCCGGUCUAUUUGAGCUGCAGACACCUGAAACAGCAACAAAGGGUUGCAUUCGCUACACACUCAAUAUCCAUCUCCCACGCAAGCUGAAGACUGUGCUUCUGAGAACUGCAGCCCUCACGCACAUCACAUUUGCUAAUGUCGAGUUGGCUACACAAAUCGACCUCAUCCACAUCAGGAUGUUGGGGGACGCUGCCAACAACUUGCUUUACUUACCUGAAGCGCGGAUACGCAACACUGAAGUAGACGUCCAACAUGGCUUUGUAGUGGGUACCAGCUUGCUGUACGAGACGGUCAAUUUCAACCUUCAUCAAGCACAGGCCGAUGUCGAAUUUGUUGCUAUGGCAGGGGUCAAUACAGUUACAGGUCUGAAACUGAGUACAUAUACAACAACGGCAGAGAAGACCAAGUUCGUCAUUCGAAAUCCGAAAAACCUUCCAAUGCACAGUUUGCAUGAGUCCCUUCGAGAGGCUUCCUUGUCACUCCAGUAUCCGGCAGCCUUUGCUGGUUUGAUCACAAUCACGGCGCAAUCUUUCUCGGCGCGACAAGCGGAUGUUCAUCUGUCUCAUGACUCUGUUCCUGUGCUUCGUGGUGAGCCUAGCCAUACCAGUCUCACCAUCUAUGCACCAGAGGGUGAUGUUGAGUUGGCCUUCAAUUCAUGA